AUGGCUGACUCCGGACGUGAAGAAUAUCUUAUUCAAGAUUUUUUACAUAACAAAGAUGUAGCUCCAUGGUUUCGAGGUACUUCCAUUUUUCAUUUGAGAGGUGCAAAUCAGCUCUUUAAUGCUAUACGUGAUGAUGCCGAGCAGAGGACAUCUCAUCGUGUGAAAACAUGUUUGAAUUUGAUUGGUUUGGAGCCCAUACCAUCUUCCAGGGAUCUGAAAUUUAUCAUGCACUUGAGUCGUGGUAAUGAUUUGGCAUUCCUUUGGUUUCUUAUGGAAAUGCAGUACAAAGGCUCCGAUCGCCCCACCAACGCGUAUAGUCUUAACGAACAAUUGAUAUGUUCUGCUAUAUGCCAUUUAGAUAUGGCUACAACGCUUCGAGAACUGGAUAAAAUUCUACCUAAAGGUAGAACAUGCACCUCCAAAGAGAAUACGAAGUCCAAACACCAAGGAAGGAAAGAAAAUUGCCGGUUCGAAUGCAAAUCAAACCAUAAAUAUUUUUCAAAACCACAAAAAUGCUGUAAACAUCUGGGCAUGGAAGAAGAAAAUCACCAGAGGGAAGCUAAAUCCGCCAAUAAGUAUAUUCUACCUUAUUUUGAGAAACUAUCUAGACCGCAACAUUAUGGCAAUCCUCUAAACAUGUACAUGCCCAAUUUCAAAGUUCAAUUCAGAACAUACGCAUCUUAUGCGGAUCCCAACCAGACGGUUUACAACGAGAGUAAUCGGUGGUUUGCCGAUUAUGACAUUAAUCCCGGACGGAGAGUGGCCUAUCAGGCAAUUAAAAAUGCAAUUGCUCAACUGUUUGAAGAUUUCAAAAAGGCCAACCCUAAUGAAGGGAACGCAGAUGUUCUGUGCGCCUAUCACAAAACAAUCAAAGAAAUCGAACAACUGCACAAACAUGAGUACAUGGUGAAACUCAGGGACAAAUGUCUUAAGAAUUAUUUCGGGAAUAAACUGGAUUUGACACAGAAGCGAAGUAAUCUUAUGAAAUUGUCGCUAUACAGAGCCAUUGAGGCGGAAAUGUCAAUGAUACAAAAGCAAACAACGUCCGGUAGAAACCCGGAUUUCCUAAAAACAAUUACCAGCGAGGGUAAAAUGCUGGACGUAGAUGUAGGAGGGGAAUACGGAACAUGUUGUACAGAAUCAAUUGUUGCGACUACACAAUUGGAAAAUGAAAUUUCUACAUCGCCAGACUCUACAUUAACUGCCAAAUUUGUGCAAAAUUACGAUUUCGGGAAUGUUGGUGAUACUCCCGAGACCUCACAGACAUAUUUCCAUGGUCCCACAAAACACGCACCAAUAAUUUUUGAAUAUAAGAAAAUAUUCCAAAACGUAACAAAGAUUCCAGAAGGAGAUUGGGUAAAGCUGGGUUUUUUAGAUGCAUUAGACCAAGACAUAUCUAGGAUUAACGAUGUGCGCGAAGCCGCCCAGCAAUGUGCAUCUGAUAUCUGGCAAAGAGAACUGCAAAAGUUCACUAGUGAACAUAAUGAUUCAAAAAUGUUGUCAUCCAGUCCACUGCCGCAAUAUCCACCUAAUGGAAAAUAUGAUGCCGGCGAUAGAAUACUCAUGGAUAAAAUGCUUGCAGAUGCAUUCGAAUAUAUGCGAAAAAAUCCCAAGUUUGUUUUGGUUCAACUUCACGAAGCGCAUAAACUUCCAAUGUUAAGGGAAUGGAUAGCUCGACGUUAUGGAAAGGUGUAUACGCCUAAAGAUCGCUACGAAUCGUUUCGUUAUUCACUGAACGUUUUCCAUGCCUUAGAUCGAAUGUCUUUUGAUUUCCCGACGCCCACUUCCACACAAAUAGGUAGACACCACUUUGUCGCUUACAAUUGCAAAAAGUAUUUGGGAAUGAAGGUUGAUGAAAUUAAAAGACAAUUUUUUCGGCGUUUGGACAACGCCAUUAUGAAGCAAAGUCGGACUUAUUGGUUUGCAAUGCGUGGGUAUUUGUGUUCUGGCCCUGGUCCACCAAGACAGACUUUUUUCGCCUAUAUGCCAUCACGCCUUAGAGACAUACAACGGUUUCGUCUGUGGAAAAUUUCGGAACAUCGAUCAGACAAAGCGGCGUGGGAUAAACUUCGUGUCUAUGUAAUGCAUGUAGAACUGAGAAAUAGGCCACAAUAA